CGCAACAGAGGAGCUGGCGGAAGUCUGAGCUGGGAAGGAGCCUUGCUUGUCCUCUCCAGCAGAGGUGGGUGUCUUGGAACAGGCCGAGGGGCUCAGCACCAUGGCCACGCUGAGCGUCAAGCCCAGCCAACGCUUCCAGUUGCAGGACUGGCACACCAACAGCUACCUGCUGUCCACCAACGCUGAGCGGCAGCGAAAUGCGUCCCACCAGAUCCGCCAGGAGGCCCGGAUCCUCCGCAAUGAGACCAACAACCAGACCAUUUGGGAUGAACACGACAAUAGGACUCGACUGGAAGAGAGAGUUAAUACAGUCAACCGGUGGAAGGAGAUGCUGGACAAGUGUCUGACGGAUUUAGAUGCAGAGAUCGACGCCCUGACACAGAUGAAAGAGUCAGCAGAGAAAAACCUGCAGGCUAAGAACCUGCCCCUGGAUGUGGCAAUCCAGUGCCUGACCCUGCGGGACAGCCGGCGGGACGUUGACGUGGUGAGGGACCCUGUGGAGGAAGAGCUGCACAAAGAGGUGGAAGUCAUUGAUGCCACCAAGAAGGCCUUGCAGCAGAAGGUCAGCCAGACGUUUGAGAAGCUCUGCCUCCUGCAGGAUAUCCGACAGCAGCUCAACUCUGACCAUCGGGGCAAAAUGGAGACAUUGGACAUUGACAGAGGUUGCCUCUCUCUCAACCUCAAGUCCCCAAACAUCUCUCUGAAGAUUAAUCCCGCGCGUGUCCCCGAUGGCUCCUCAUCACUUCAAGAGUGGGAUGAAGUUAGUCGGUUCAACAAGAACCGGGCAGAAGCCGAGAUGAAAGAAGCCACAGACCUGAGGGAGGCCAUCGCCCUCACUAUUGCUAAGACCAACAAUGAACUUGAAGCCCAGAGGGUGGCAACGGAAUUUGCCUUCAGAAAGCGGCUGCGGGAGAUGGAGAAAAUAUACAGUGAGCUCAAGUGGCAAGAGAAGAAUACCUUGCAGGAGAUAGCUGACCUGCAGGAGGACAUCCGGCACCUGGAGGAAGAUCUGCACAGGAAGUUCCUGAACCUGAAGCUAUGCCAUACUCGGCUCGAGUCCAGAACCUACCGGCCCAAUAUGGAACUCUGCCGGGACCAGGCACAGUAUGGCCUCACUGACGAGGUUCACCAGUUAGAGGCAACCAUUGCUGCUCUGAGGCAGAAGUUGGCACAAGCACAGGAUGCUCUGGAUGCCCUGUACAAGCACCUGGCCCGGCUGCAGGCGGACAUCGCCUGCAAGGCCAACUCCAUGCUGUUGGACACCAAGUGCAUGGACACUCGCCGGAAGCUGACGGUGCCAGCCGAGAAGUUUGUGCCCGAGGUGGACACCUUCAACCGCACCACAAACCGUAUCCUGAGUCCACUCAAAAGCUGCCAGCUGCAGCUAGCCUAGCCUU